UAAAAACAUCUGGCAACUCUGAUCCCAUUCAUUCUUAUUUUUCGUUCUUAUUUUGGACUGAAAAUGGCGAUCUGGAGUUCUCUCGUGCGUUCUUCGCAGUUUUCGGGACGGAAUAUUAAUAUGCUCCAGAGUCUAGUGCUUCUAAAUGUGAAUAAAAAAGCAUUAGUGCCGGUUCGAAUGAUGUCUGGUGGUCAUCGCACGUUUACUAUCACCCCUAGUCGUUUCCAGUGGCAUAAAUUCAAAGAUAUGUUUCAUUAUUACAUUAUGGUUGGUUUGAUUCCAGUUCUCGCAGUAGUCUUCUAUGCCAACGUUUUCAUUGGCCCUGCCCAGCUGACUGAAAUACCGGAAGGCUAUGUACCGAAGCAUUGGGAAUACCAUAAUCACCCAAUUACACGUUUUAUUGCACGUUACAUAUUGGACAAUCCGCAGCAGGAUUAUGAAAAGAUGCUUCAUCACCUGUACGAAGAAAGUGAACGAAUGCAAAUGCGAGCCUUGGAAGAAAAGGUACGUGAAAAAAUGGCAGAACGGAACGAUUACCAGUCAUAUUACUAUCGUCCUGCCAUUGGUAAAUACCACCGUGUGGCGAAAGAAGCAGCGGAUCAUUUGAAAUCGAUUCGUGGUGAUUAGAAUACUUGUUAUAGCGUUACAAUGUAGCCGUUUGAGAAAUAAACUGAACUGUCAAGAUGCAGAACAA